UGGAGAGGAGGCAGUGAAGAGCACUUCGAGCUCUCGGUGUGUUUUGCUUGUACCGUGGAGGACCUCAAGCAUCGGAAAAAAUAGUCACUCGGUGUAGCGUUUCUCGAAGGGCACCCGGAGUGGAUUCAAGAUUCUCUCAAGAACAUUGCGCGUGUGAUUCAGAGUGGAUACUCUAAAUUUCUCCCUGCUCGGUGCCCCCGGCGGGCCUGAGGGGGUCGCCGCUGACCUGCGUUCUGACCCGGGCGACCCCAAUGACAUGACCUUGAGCCCCAAGCCGACGCCCUUUUCGGUGAGUGACAUCCUGUGUCCGUACGAGGAAGCCUACCGCAAGUCCACGCUGGAUUCCAGCUUCGUCUCACUGCCGAGCUCGCCCGUGUACCGCGGCCAGCAGAACAUGGCCAACCCGUACUCGCACAUGCACGUGCCGCAGCUGGCGACGCCGGCCGCAGCCUUUCCGGCCCAGUACUGCAACGCGCCCGAGUUCGGACACUACGGCGACGUGCGCAACAGCUCGGCCGGCUGGUACGGCACGCCCAGCGACCCCCGCUUCGCAAUCUCCCGCCUAAUGACGGGGUCCACCGGCAUGAACGUCAACAUGUCCAACAUGGCGCCGUUCGGCGCGUGCUCUGACACCAAGCCGAUGCAGUUUCCGCUCAGCCAGCGACGCAAGCGACGCGUGCUGUUCACGCAGGCACAGGUGUACGAGUUGGAGCGACGCUUCAAGCAGCAGAAGUACCUCUCCGCGCCGGAGCGGGAACAUCUGGCCAGCCUGAUUCAUCUAACUCCUACCCAGGUGAAAAUCUGGUUCCAGAACCACCGCUACAAGUUCAAGCGCCAGGCCAAGGAGAAGGCGAUGAGCGAGCAGGCGGGCUCGCCGCGCCGCGUGGCCGUGCCGGUGCUGGUGAAGGACGGCAAGCCGUGCAGCAGCGGCUCCGCCGGCGAGGGCGGCGCGCAGAUGUGCGCCUCCUACCUGCCGCUGCCCGGCCGCAGCUGGUAA